AAGCCAUAGUUCUUAAGCCUUAAGCUAUUUGUCAUGUAUAUAAGCUUAGUUCUUACUGUAUCGUUUUAUUAAGAAAGAAAAUCAAUACAAAAUCAGAUAAGAUUCUCUCUGCGUCUUCUUCAAUUCUUCAAUGUUCUUCAAAUUCUUAUUCAGGUUUAUGGGGAGUUCCCCAUUGCCAAUUAAUUUUGGGGUGGAACCUCAACUUCCUUCAGAUCUGCCCCCUACAACCACUCAACCACCAGUCUCUUCUUCUCCUUCUUCUUCUUCUUUCACUCAUGAUUCAUCAUGGACAUAUGAUGUGUUUUUGAGUUUUAGAGGUGAGGAUACACGCACCAAUUUUACAGAUCAUUUGCACGAGGCUUUAGUCCGUAAGGGAAUCCGAACCUUCAUUGAUCGAGAGCUUGUAAGAGGAGAAGAAAUAUCGCCAGCCCUUGUCAGAGCAAUUGAAGAAUCAAGAAUUUCUCUCAUUGUAUUCUCUGAAAACUAUCCAUCUUCGAGGUGGUGCUUGGAUGAACUUGUCAAGAUCCUUCAAUGUAAAGAAUCAAAGCAACAAAUAGUUUUGCCCAUUUUUUACAAGGUGGAUCCGUCGGAUGUACGAAAGCAAACAAAUAGUUUUGGAGAUGCAUUUAAAGGCCUUAUUCAAAGCAAAUUCAAGGAUGACAAGAAGAAAGUGCUCAUAUGGAAGGAAGCUCUUAGACAAGCAGCAAAUUUGUCCGGACAUACUUUCAAGGAUGGAGAGUAUGAAGCUACAUUUAUCAACAACAUUGUUGAUGGAAUCUUAAUCCAAGUACUGAGCAGCACAUAUUGGAAUGUGGCCAAGUACCCAGUUGAAAUUCAGUCUCAUGUACAAGAUGUGAAAAAGCUUUUAGAUGUUGGUGGGAAUGGUCGUCGCAUGGUUGGGAUAUGGGGGACAUCUGGAAUAGGCAAGACAACAAUUGCAAAAGCUAUAUGGAAUGCAAUUGCCCAUGAGUUUGAAGGAAGUUGUUUCUUGCCAAAUGUCAGGGAAAAUUCAAUGCCACAUGGAGGCUUAAUCAAGCUACAGAAGACUCUUCUUCAUAAGUAUCUAGGCAACAAGUUGAAAAUUCAGAGUGUUGAUGAAGGAAUCGGUGUUAUAAAAGAACGGCUGAGGCAUAAAAAGAUUCUAUUAAUUCUUGACGAUGUGGACCACUUGGAGCAGUUAGAAAACUUGGCUGGAGAUGAUUGGUUUGGUGAGGGUAGUAGAGUAAUCAUUACUACAAAAAAUAGGGGAUUGCUAGAAAAUCAUGGGAUUGAGUUGAUAUACAAGGUGAAGAAGUUAGAUUACAACCAAGCUCUUGAGCUUUUCAGUUGGCAUGCAUUCGGAAGGAGUGAACCUCCAAAAGAUUAUUUGGAACUCGCACAACGUGUAAUAGCUUUUGCUGAUGGCCUUCCACUAGCUCUAACAAUUUUAGGUUCUCAUCUUCGUAAUAGAAGUAUUGGAAGUUGGCAAGUUAUAUUAGAUGGUUACAAAGGAGAACCUUAUACGCAUAUUGAAAGAAUACUUCAAAAAAGUUAUGAUGCCUUGGAUGAUGACGCAAAAGAAGUUUUUCUCGACAUUGCAUGUUUCUUCAAGGAUGCAAGUAAGGACGUUGUGCUACAAAUAGUCCCUAAAAAUUGCAUUGAAGUACUAGUUGAUAAGGCAAUGAUAACUGUUGAAUGGGAUAAUAGGAUUUUAAUGCACGACUUGCUAGAAAAACUGGGCAAGGAUAUAGUUCACAAAGAAUCCCCCAAUGAUCCCGGCGAGCGUAGUAGAUUGUGGUUUUACGAGGAUGUCAUACAAGUUCUAAUGGAAAGUACUGGAACAAGAAAGAUUAAAGGCAUCAUGGUGAAGCUUCCAAAACCAGCUGAGAUAACUUUGAAUCCAGAGUGCUUCCGUAAUAUGGUGAAUCUUCAAAUUUUCAUAAACCAUAAUGCAUCUCUAUGUGGGGACAUUAACUAUCUGCCCAACGCGUUAAGAUUUAUUGAUUGGCCUAGUUGUCAGUUACAAUCUUUGCCACCCAAAUUUCAAGGAUAUUGUCUUGUUGAGUUCAGAAUGCCACGCAGUCAUAUCAGACAAUUGGAGGGAUUUAAGUAUUCGCCAAACCUGACAUGUAUGAAUUUGGGUGGUUGUCAAUUCUUAGAAAAAAUCCCAGACUUAUCCGGAAUCCCAAACAUGAAGUACUUGUUUCUAAGUGACUGUACAAGUUUGGUUGAGCUUGAUGAUUCUGUUGGAUUCCUUGAUAAACUUGUUGGUUUGGAUCUUGAGGGAUGCGUUAAGCUUAUGAGGUUCGCAACAACACUUAUAUUGCCAAACCUGACAUAUAUGAAUUUGCGUAGUUGUCAAUUUUUAGAAAAAAUCCCAGACUUAUCCGGAAUCCGGAACAUAAAGUACUUGUUUCUAACUGACUGUACAAGUUUGGUUUCGCUUGAUGAUUCUGUUGGAUUCCUUGAUAAACUUGUUAGUUUGGAUCUCAGUGGAUGCGUUAAUCUUACGAAGUUUGGAAGAAGACUUAGAUUGAAAUCCUUAGAAACACUGGACCUAGAGGGUUGUGCAAGUCUUGAGAGUUUCCCAGAAAUAGAAGUGAAGAUGGAAUCACUAAGAAGAUUGGAUAUGGAAGGAAGUGGCAUAAGAGAAUUGCCUCCAUCAAUUAAACAUCUUACUGGGCUUGAAAAUUUGAAUAUUGAGAGAUGCUUCAAUCUUACAAGGCUUGAAUUACGGCUGCUUCAUUGCUGGUCCACAUUACGAUUUCUUGAUCUAUCUGGAGCCAAUUUUGUCACGCUUCCGGAAUGCAUUAGCAAAUUUGUGAGCUUGGAGUAUCUUACCUUGCGUGAUUGCAAGAGUGUUCGAGAAAUUCCACAAGAACUACUUCCACCAAGAGUAUGUUGGGUAUCCCUGGAUAACUGCACAUCAUUGGAAAAAUUUCCAAAACUGCCACUAUCAUCGGAGGUUGAGUAUUUGGGUUUGAUGAAUUGCGUUAGCCUACGUGGCUAUGACAUCACAGAAAAUAGUAUUCUGGAUCAGGUAUCUUCUCUUCCGCAUUCUGAAUUUGACAUUGAUCUUCCAGGCGAUGAAGUACCAAAGUGGUUCAGCUGUUGUAAAGAUGCAACACUAGUUAAAGACGACUACUCUUCUGAUGAGGAAGAGGAAGACGAAUACUCUUCUGAUGAGGAAGAGGAAGACGCAUACUCUUAUGCUCGAUGUGAAGUUUGUUUUGAAAUUCCUCCAAAUUUAGAUUGGGAGACGUUAAGAUUGGCUAUAUGUGUUGUUAAUAAGGGAAACGCAUGUGGGAAUGAAUGCUUCGCAGUGACAAGUGUUCAUAUCAAUGGAAAAUGGGUCGGCGGGAUAUCUAUGGGGAUAGAGGACAGUAAUGUGGGUCUUAGCUGUAUUCCAUUAUUGAAUCUGAGGAACAGCGCAGUACGUUGGGAGAAACAGACGCAAUUGCAAUCCGUUGGGGGUAAUUAGUGUCAAAUUAUAUUUGAGUUCAGAUUCGAGGCCACACCCGUUAAAAUCCUCUGCGGGGUCCACCUAUUAGGCCACCAGGUUGCUGAUGUCAGCAUCAGAGACUAGUCUUGGCAAGAGGCCUAGGUUAUCAGACGUUGGUGAUCAUGAAGCUCAAAGAGGAGAGGCUGAUCACCCAAAGAGGAGGCACACUGAUCUUAACGAGGAGCCAAAGCAAUGAAGUUCCAAAGUGGUUUAUGUAAGCUCCAGGUUCAGCUGUUGAAACGAACCAAAUUUCCAGGCAAUGGUCUGGUAAUCAAGAGGUGUGUUGAGGCACCAGCAGUUUCUGAGAUUCCAUUUUAAGUUGCAUAAGACAAUACGUUUCUUCUCAAUUGAUGCAUCCAGCAUUUAUCCACAGAUGAACAAAACAGCAAGCCGGAUUUAUCUAAUGCUUUCAUUCCACACAUAUACUUUGUCUAUGAUUCUUCUGUCUCAUUCAUUGGAAUUGAUGUACGUUGGGGAUGAAAUGUAACAGAUUUAUCUAUUUCAUAAUUUCCAAUCAAGGUUUGUUGAAAAUCAUACAUUAAUUGUAAACAGGCGUCCAAAUAUGCCCAAAAUACUUCUUUGAAAGAUUGUGUCUCAUUACACUA